UUUAUAUUUUAGUCCCUAAGGAACUAGGUAAAUAUAGUCAUACACCAACACAUACCAAUGACUUACUUAGGUUUCGAAGCCGCUGUGCCAACCCGCUUUAUGGUGUUUGCAACCCCUUACAAUGCUGACCACCUUCCUGGACAAAUGGCGAUCUACUCAUCAGAAACUGGACAGUGGACUUACGUGCAGACUAAGUGGUCCUCCGUAACUCAUGUGGAUUGUAGUAGACGCACACAUGUCUUCUUGAAUGGCACCAUGCAUUUGGCCACCCUUUGUAACUCAAUAAUACCCACAGUUGACGUGGAGGGGAAAGUUUGGAAGGAGAUUCAAAUGCCAGUUGACUGGACGAGCUCUAAUAUUGUUUUGACUGGGCAAUCUCAAGGGCGCUUGUAUGCGUGGCAGGUGGAUUAUUGUGAUGAUAGUGAACUCGAUAUUUGGGUUCUUGAGGACUAUGGUACUGGAAAGUGGACCCUAAAGCAUACUGUUAAUGUUUCAGAGCUGUUCGGAAGGCAUUGUCGCAAAGAUGGUGAUUUUUAUCAGAUGUUUGCAAUUCAUCCAGAUUGUAAUGUCAUUUUCCUUACCAACCAGAAGAAGAAGACAGUGUCGUAUGAUAUGGAUAAUCAGAAAGUACAUGUUAUCUGCAAUGAGUUCAUGAUUGGGCUACCUUAUACUCCCUGUUUUGCGGAAUUGCCAUCAGUUGGUCACUGAGAGUCAGUGCAGCAUC